AUGUUUUAUUUCUUCCUCAAUAAAGUGUAUUCUGAUGAAAUCAGUCCAUCAGGUAUACCAUCAUCUGAAUUCCCGUCAAUUAUUAACAAAUUAUUUAAUGAAAACGUUGGAAAAAAUUUAAUUGGAGGCUCUGUCAUCAUUUCUAAGAAUGGCAACAAGAUAUUUGAAACUUCACAAGGAUAUGCCGAUUAUUAUUCCAAAUCCCCUGUUACUAAUGAAUCUCUCUUUGAAUGGGGAUCAAUCACAAAAAUUUUGACACAUAUAUCAAUAAUGCAACUUCAAGAGCAAGGAAAGGUAGAUUUAGAUGUGGACAUUGAAAAUUACCUUGGCAAAAACUUUUUCAGAAGAAGAAACUAUGAUGAUAAAAUUACUUUAUUUCAUUUGAUGAAUCACAUAAGUGGAUGA